AUGGACUCAAAGUCAACUACUGUAUAUCCUCUGUUUUCCAUCACUAAGAUAACCAUGUGUUACUUUGAGGAUGGUUACCUGGACACCAACGUUUACCUGUGGGAAGAGUUGCCAUGUGACCACAAUAUCCCCGAUCCAGCCAUCAUCAUAGACAAGAACAGGUGUGGGUUUCUCAUGCCAUAUGACAUAAGUGCAAGGCUACUUAAGGGCAAGGCUACCUUGGAGUAUUUACAAAUAAUGACACUGGAGAGGUUGAGGGUAGAGGAAGUUCAGGAGUAAAAACCAUCAAAAUAGAAUUAUUGUCAAAUUGACUGUGUCAUUAAAAUGUAUAUAGUAUGUAUAAGCUGGAAGUAGAGGCCUAAGCUUUGUUGUUCACUAGUUUACUCCAAUUAGGGGAGGGAUGGUGGGGUUGGAAAGUAAUAAAGGAAAAUAAUUUCAAAAAAAGGGAAUGUAUUUAUAUGUAUGUAUGUAUGUAUGUGUAUGUGUGUGUGUAUGUAUGUGUAUAUAUAUAAUAAUAAAUAUAUUUAUAUUUGAGAGAGAUAGAAACAUAUGGGGGGAUUGGAAGUGAUGCAGACAAUUACAUUGAUGGAAGUUACAAUCUGCAAUAUUAAAGCUUAUCUCUGUUUACCUAUUUGCUUAUGGUCUUGCGAACAGUUUUUUUAAUUAUAUGAGAAAAAAACUAUUCGAUUUUAUUUGGAACGGCAAGCCAGACAAAAUUAAACGGGCCUAUUUAUAUAAUGAAUAUGAAUUAGGAGGACAGAAAUUAUUAAAUAUUAAAGCAUUAGACCUAUCACUAAAAGCUUCAGUCAUACAAAAAUUAUACUUAAAACCGAACUGGUUCUCUAGCAAACUAGUAAGAUUGUCUCACCCAAUGUUCAAGAAGGGACUUUUUCCCUUCAUUCAGAUUACAACCCCUCACUUUCAGGUAUUUGAAAAGGAAAUCAUCUCCCAAAUAUCACUAUUUCUAAAACAAGCCAUAGAAAGUUGGUUGCAAUUUCAAUUUAAUCCUCCAGAAAUGACAGAACAAAUAUUGCAACAAAUAUUGUGGUUAAACUCUAAUAUAGUAAUUGAUAGAAAACCGUUCUUUUUUGAGAAAAUGUUUAAAAAAGGUAUAAUCUUCCUAAAUGAUAUUAUCGGUAGGAAUGGUGGAGUUAUGUCGCACAUGCAGCUAACAAAAACACAUGGAAAUGUUUGCUCUACCCAAAAUUACAACCAAAUAAUUGCAGCAUUACCGCAAAAAUGGAAGAGGAAAGUGGAAGGAGGAAAAAGUAUGGAAGUUGUCUGUCGGCCUUGCAUUAGUUACAUAAUUGGUUAAAGAAAAUUGUGAUAAAUAAAAAAGUUUACCAGUUUCAUUUAAGGACCAAAAGAUUGACAGCCGUCCCAUAUAGAUUGCAAAAUAGUUGGGAAGAGAUUUUUGACGUACCGAUUCCAUGGCAUAGUGUUUAUGAACUGAUCCUCAAAACGACGCCGGAUUAAAUUUGUCCAUUUAAAUUAUUAUAUCAAAUUCUUGCUACCAACAGAAUGUUAUUUGUAUGGGGGAUACAAUCUUCCCAGCUCUGCAGAUUUGGCUGUGAAGAGACAGAAUCAUUAGAUCAUUUGUUUUGGUACUGUCCAUUUGUAGCUUGUUUCUGGACAGGUCCAGGAAUGGCUGAAGGAUUGCAAUAUUUGCAUGGAGCUGACCCUGCAGAUAGCACUACUGGGUGAUCUGAAAAGUCAUAGUCAAUCGAUCAAUAAUAUAAUAAUACUUUUAGCAAAGAUGUUUAUUUUCAAUUCACAAAGGGAAAUAUAUAUAUUUUUAAAGGAUAUGUAUGUAUGUAUGUAUAAAUGUAUGUAUGUGUAUAUACAGUGGGGGGGAAAAGUAUUUAGUCAGCCACCAAUUGUGCAAGUUCUCCCACUUAAAAAGAUGAGAGAGGCCUGUAAUUUUCAUCAUAGGUACACGUCAACUAUGACAGACAAAUUGAGAAGAAAAAAAAUCAGGAAAAUCACAUUGUAGGAUUUUUAAUGAAUUUAUUUGCAAAUUAUGGUGGAAAAUAAGUAUUUGGUCACCUAAAAACAAGCAAGAUUUCUGGCUCUCACAGACCUGUAACUUCUUCUUUAAGAGGCUCCUCUGUCCUCCACUCGUUACCUGUAUUAAUGGCACCUGUUUGAACUUGUUAUUAGUAUAAAAGACGCCUGUCCACAACCUCAAACAGUCACACUCCAAACUCUACUAUGGUCAAGACCAAAGAGCUGUCAAAAGACACCAGAAACAAAAUUGUAGACCUGCACCAGGCUGGGAAGACUGAAUAUGCAAUAGGUAAGCAGCUUGGUUUGAAGAAAUCAACUGUGGGAGCAAUUAUUAGGAAAUGGAAGACAUACAAGACCACUGAUAAUCUCCCUCGAUCUGGGGCUCCACGCAAGAUCUCACCCCGUGGGGUCAAAAUGAUCACAAGAACGGUGAGCAAAAAUCCCAGAACCACACGGGGGGACCUAGUGAAUGACCUGCAGAGAGCUGGGACCAAAGUAACAAAGCCUACCAUCAGUAACACACUACGCCGCCAGGGACUCAAAUCCUGCAGUGCCAGACGUGUCCCCCUGCUUAAACCAGUACAUGUCCAGGCCCGUCUGAAGUUUGCUAGAGUGCAUUUGGAUGAUCCAGAAGAGGAUUGGGAGAAUAUCAUAUGGUCAGAUGAAACCAAAAUAUAACUUUUUGGUAAAAACUCAACUCGUCGUGUUUGGAGGACAAAGAAUGCUGAGUUGCAUCCAAAGAACACCAUACCUACUGUGAAGCAUGGGGGUGGAAACAUCAUGCUUUGGGGCUGUUUUUCUGCAAAGGGACCAGGACGACUGAUCCGUGUAAAGGAAAGAAUGAAUGGGGCCAUGUAUUGUGAGAUUUUGAGUGAAAACCUCCUUUCAUCAGCAAGGGCAUUGAAGAUGAAACGUGGCUGGGUCUGUCAGCAUGACAAUGAUCCCAAACACACCGCCCGGGCAACGAAGGAGUGGCUUCGUAAGAAGCAUUUCAAGGUCCUGGAGUGGCCUAGCCAGUCUCCAGAUCUCAACCCCAUAGAAAAUCUUUGGAGGGAGUUGAAAGUCCGUGUUGCCCAGCGACAGCCCCAAAACAUCACUGCUCUAGAGGAGAUCUGCAUGGAGGAAUGGGCCAAAAUACCAGCAACAGUGUGUGAAAACCUUGUGAAGACUUACAGAAAACGUUUGACCUGUGUCAUUGCCAACAAAGGGUAUAUAACAAAGUAUUGAGAAACUUUUGUUAUUGACCAAAUACUUAUUUUCCACCAUAAUUUGCAAAUAAAUUCAUAAAAAAUCCUACAAUGUGAUUUUCUGGAUUUUUUUUCCUCAUUUUGUCUGUCAUAGUUGACAUCUACCUAUGAUGAAAAUUACAGGCCUCUCUCAUCUUUUUAAGUGGGAGAACUUGCACAAUUGGUGGCUGACUAAAUACUUUUUUCCCCCACUGUAUAUAUGUAUAUAUGCGAGAGAAAAAACAAAACAAAAACAUAUGGGGGAUUGGAAGUGAUGCAGACAAUUACAUUGAUGGAAGUUACACUCUAUCUGCAAUAUUAAAGCUGAUCUACCUCCUAAAAAUGUUUAACAAAAUUAUGACACUGCAGAUCUAAAUUCAGAUUAGUUUUUAAGCCUUAAAUAGCCACUGAAUUACAUCUGUUGGUUUAGAUGAAGCUGGCAUUCUAUAGACCAAAAAGUAAUUUCCUCUGUAAGUACUGUUUUAGACGGUGUCAUUUGAUUGUUUCCUCCCAGCACCAUCCUGGUGGAGCGCAGCUGUGUGGCCCAUCUGACAGAAGGGGUUGAUGUGUGCAUCGCCGUGGGCACUGACACCCACUGCCUCCUGGGAACUGAACUCAACACCGUACAGCUCUCCAUCUUCUCCCAUCGCUUCAUGAGCAUCGCAGGUCAGUUAGUAACCAGGGAUGGCCUGGGUGCUCCAUAGAACCUCCAUCUCCAUGUUUGGCCCUGACGGAGGCCUGGUGUCCAACGCACCUCACAUCCCUGUUCACCUGGGAGCCAUGCAGGAAACCGUCCAGUACCAGGUCUGGAUAAUCACUGCAAACAUGAAAAUGCACUGCUUUACAAAAUGUAUUCAAAGUCUGUUAAACAUAAUAAGCAAGUAUUUGGGGAAGUUGAGACAGCAAGGAACCAAAGUACAGUAUAUUCUAUCUCAUAUCUCUCUCUGUCCUUUCUGUGUUCUACAGAUCAAAUCCAUAAGGAAAGUGUCAUGUGAUUCUGCGUAACCAUCCACGUGCAGGAGGCAGUCACCUCCCUGACCUCAGUCAUCACUCCGGUGAGUUUCACUCAUAAUCAGUGGCGUGUAUUCAUGGAUGCCAAGGGAAGCCAGGCUUCCCCCAAAAAUGUACCAAGAAAAAAAGAAAAAAACAUUAAAACAAUGUAUAUUUUGUCUCUCUGUGUUUUAUCAUGUUUCUUCAGUUCGCAAGAGGCUGAAUGUACUGUAUCUCACCGGAGCAAGUGAAACAGCGCCCCUCUGUCUCUCUAUGUGUAGGCAAUCUAUCUGAUGCUGUCUGGUCAUAAAGAGGAUGCAAGGGAAGCCAGCGAACAUUUGGCCUCACUGAUAAAAAAAAGUAUAAAAUAAUAUCCAAUCAGCGUUGAGCUAAAAUGAGUGAGCUCAACUGUGAAUGGUUCUGGAGCACCAAAAAAAGUGUCAGGGAAGCCAGUUUGGAUUUGGCUUCACUCCUAUCACAGAGAAAUACGUCAUCGACAGAAACAACUUGAAUUGUUGCAUCCCGUUGUGUUGUUGUCCUCCGGUGGCUAGCUAGCUAGCCAAAAUUGCCCCUUUCCUAAAUUAGCCAUGGAUGGAGAUAGGGAUUUGGACUUAUUUAAUUCUCUGUACUUAAUUCUCUGUACUGGCCAAUGAUUAUAACGGAGAUUGUGAUUCAAUCAUAAAAUACAUUGUGCCCCUGGACUGAGAGGAUGGAAGUUCAAUAUGUAGCAAGAUGUAGAAGGCUAAUGUUAACUAGCUAACAUUGCCCAUGAAAGGAAGUUAGGCUAGUGAGCAAGCAUUUUGGCCAGGUAGCCUAGGACAACAAAAAAUAAAAGCCUAUACUGUAUGACAGAGUCAUAGACUGUUUCGUCAUCAUGAAAGAGAGGAGGACGGCAUUGAUGUUUCUCUACAAGUUGGGUGAGUCAACAUGUUUUUUCUACUUGCAGGAACACACACACAAAUCAGAACCAUGGACAGCCACAUAUUUAGCGUGCGUUGAUUGGACUAAAUUGUUUUUGGGAUCUUUUAGUUGUCACUGUAUUAGACUAAGCAUAGGUGAUUUGAUGAUGUUGAAAUGUUGUAGUUGAAAUGGUGCUGGAAUAGUGGAGGCAGCUCCUGUUUUCUUUGCGACUUGCAUUAACUCUCCGUGGUUCUAAAUCAAUAGUUGUUUAGUAGUCCGAAAAUGUUGGGAACAUUAACUUGCUUUACCAUGCUGUAGGUCAUGUAACUGUUUGUUACAUUCAAUAUGCUUUGUGGACUUCACCAGACAGAGAUUGCUCUCCAGUUUUGUGAUGAAACAAAGGUGUGGUUGAAUUUAUUCUGUCACUGUGUCGGCUUUAGGCCUAUCUAUCACGGUCGCAAGGCAUAUGAACUAACAGGUUAUAGAGCAAUUAUCACAACAUCACAACAGGAAUUCAGAGCACUCCAGGAAUCUGUUUGUAAAAACGUUUCCAUGGCUGGCAUUGUACUGAUCUUUCUCAUUAUCUGUCUCUCUCUCUCUCUCGUUCUUUAUCAGCUGUAACCGAAGCACUCAUGGCUCCAGCUCAAUACCAAGACUGCUCUGAGACUUGCAAUCUCCAUGACAAUCUGUCAGACCUGUGAGCUCAAGUGGCAGCCAAUCAGCGAGAGAGCACACUAGUGGGGGAGUUGAUUGACGGCUAUGGGCUGGCUGUGGUGCAGGUCUACAUGGGAUACAUCCAGGUUAGGAGGACAUCACUGUGAGAUGCUUGAUUCAGUUGGGCUGUAUUAGCUCAUAUCACAUUACAAAUGGAGUGGUCAGCAUUCGUGUUGAUAGGUACUAAUGUGUUUGUCUUUAUGUAAUCUGACCUGUGUGUGUGCGAGCGCCUGUUUCUGCGUGCAUGUGCGUGAUUCCAGAGUAAUACAGAGCUGGCGGUGAGAGACAUGCUUAAAGACAGGUUCCCUGAAGGUGGAGGCAGAGGACUUCAUGGACGAUGGAACACCAAUCAGACUGCAGGUCCAGAUGAACGAGAAUGAGGUACAUGUAUGUGGAGAUACAAUGCUAUCCAUGUAAUAAUAUAUCCGCCAGAUCUGUUUACACUGGAGCCAACUCCUUUUUCGUGUUUGGCGUGCCUACGAACACAAGAUAAGUGUUGGUUAAAACACAGACAGACCUGGCAACCGGGUCACUACCCAUCCAUCAGGACUGUAAAGGAAUUGCUAAUCUCAGUUAACCCAGAACUAAAGUCUUGUGUAAUUGGUCAGAUGUUUGAUUAAAUUCUGGGUCUAUACGUGUUGAGAGAAGGGAUGAAGAGACGCUAGAAUGAUGAGCGGAACAGGAACAAGGUGCUCCACCCUCUCUCUUUUCAAGUUAGGGGCCUAAUGACCCCUCCCCUUCCGAAAUUUGAAAGAUGAUAACACCUGCGAAAUCGUAAUCGAACUAGCUACUGCUGCUCGUUUUCCCACGCAUGCCAUUCCUCCCCAAUGUAACCGGUGUGAAAUGGCUAGCUGGUUAGUUAGUUUUAAUUGAUGACGUCACUCGCACUGAGACCUUGAAAUAGUUGUUUCCCUUGCUCUGCGGGGGUCAUGGCUUUUGUGGCGUGAUAGGUAACAAUCUUUUGUGGGUGACUGUUGUCGAUAUGUUCAGAGGAUCCCUGGUUAGAGCCCAGGUUGGGGCAAGGAGAGGGACGGAAGCAACACUGUUACACCGACAGAUUCUUCGGUACCAGUUAUGUUUAUGUAGAUCUGUCUAUGAGAGAUUGGAACUGUUUAUAUGAUUCUAUUGGUUAUUCCUCCUUUCUUUUAUUCCCUCUACCUCACCAUCUCUCUUCCAUCUCUCCCUCCCAGGGCAGUGCAGUGUUUCACUUCACAGUGGGGGAACUGUAACGCCCCUCAUGCCAUCAACUUCUCUGCCCGCAUCUACUGCCUGCCUGCAUGGUAGGCCAGGACAUCCCCCUCAACCAGGUCAGUAGGGGCUCAAUGUUCUCAAUUCACAAAUUCUCAAUUCAGAAAAAAAGUCUAGAAUAGGAAACAAAUGCUAGGACCUCUGGUGGUAGACAUUGGUACUGCAAUGUUGAAGUUUGGAUGCAAGGAUAUGAUGUGAUAAACACUGAGAAAGCAUUAAAACCACUCUUCGUCUCAGGGCUGUCUCACUCCAGUCAAAGUCAUCAUUCCCAGCGGCUCCAUCUUCUAGCCUUCCCAGAAUGCCGCUGUGGUGGGGGGGAAUGUGCUGACGUCACAGAGGGUGGUCGAUGUCAUCUUCCGCGCCUACAAGGUCUGCGCCGCCUCACAGGUAGGAGAGGGAGCUGUUACUGAACAGUCCUGCCACAGUUACAUAACAAUUGUCUUGAUGUUUAUGAGUGUUAGCAGCCCUCACUCUCCUUUUUCUCUCCUCCUCACUCUCCCUCUCUCUCUUUCUCACUCUCUUUCUCUCUGUCAGGGCUGCAUGAACAAUGUGACUUUUGGCAGUGAGGGGAGCGCUUACUACGACAUGGGAGGAAGAGAGAGCAGGGGCGGGGCCAGGCUGGACAGUCACAUGACUAACACACUCAUCACCGACCCAGAGAUUCUGGAGAAGAGGUGGGGGGGAGGAAUUAUAGGAGAGGCUUCAACCCCUCACAUUUCUACAUUCAGUUCCAUAGUGCUUGUCCUUAACUUAGUUAGCUAGCGAUCACCUCUUCUUGUGUCCUGUUGAUCUGACUCCUCAUGCCCUCUCCUCCUCUUCCUCCCUCUCCUCAUGCCCUCUCCUCCUCUUCCUCCCUCUCCUCAUGCCUUCUCCUCAUCUUCCUCUCUCUCCUCCUCCUCCUCCUCCUCCUCCCUCUCCUCCUCUUCCUCCCUCUCCUCAUGCCUUCUCCUCCUCCAUCUCCUCCUCCCUCCUCUUCCUCCCUCUCCUAAUGCCUUCUCCUCCUCUUCCUCUGUCUCAGGUACCCUAUGGUUCUGGAGCACUUCUCCCUGCAGCCCGGCUCGGGGGCUGCAGGGGAGUACCGUGGGGGCGAUAUGGUCAUCCGGAAACUUCUAUUCAGGAACAAGGGGGUCCUGUCAGUGCUAACAGAGGCGCUCCAGCUGACCCUAUGGUCUCCAUGGUAAUGCAGUGGAAACGUUUUUUUUGGGAUUAAGUUCAUUUUCAUGGCAAUUAAUUGCAAUUCAUCUGAUCACUCUUCAUGACAUUCUGGAGUAUAUGCAAAUUGCCAUCAUCAUAACUGAGGCAGCAGACUUUGUGAAAAUUAGUAUUUGUGUCAUUCUCUAAACUUUUGACCACGACUGUACAAUAUGGGCCUGUUGGUGUGGUGUACUGUACAAUAUGGGCCUGUUGGUGUGGUGUACUGUACAAUAUGGGCCUGUUGGUGUGGUGUACUGUACAAUAUGGGCCUGUUGGUGUGGUGUACUGUACAAUAUGGGCCUGUUGGUGUGGUGUACUGUACAAUAUGGGCCUGUUGGUGUGGUGUACUGUACAAUAUGGGCCUGUUGGUGUGGUGUACUGUACAGUAUGGGCCUGUGGAUGUUCUUGCAUUGUACUGUUUAGGCUUGGCAUUUUUUGUUCUGGGUGUGUGUUGAUUACCCAACUGACCAUCUGUGUGUCUUUUGUUGACAGGAUAUGUUUUGCCUGUAUACCCCUGGUGGAAGUGGAUAUGGUGAGGGAGGACAAGCAGGCAGCUGGGUAUGGAAGACCUCUUAAAAAUGAGAACUUCUCAGAGAGGGGCAGUGUGUUUGAGUACCGUAUGGCACAGGGGUGUAGAGGGAAAAGACCUGGAAAAAUAGUUCCACAGGGAUCUCCAAUCAAAUCAAAUUGUAUUUGUCACAUGCGCCGAAUACAACCGGUGUAGACCUUACAGUGAAAUGCUUACUUACAAGCCCUUAACCAACAAUGCAAUUAUAAGAAUACAAAAAAAAUACAAAAAAACAUUACAUUUUUCAUUUAACUCCAGUACAGCGAGUAUGAAUACGAUGAGUGAGAGGUGUGUUGAGACACUGCCAAAGAUGGAUACGACGAAGGCUGGAGAGAGCAUUUCAAACUCCAAUGUAAUCAUGUCAGUACUGUACUGUUUUUUUUCUAGACCUUGGUUCAAAUCGAAUUACAUGAACAAUGCCUUUAUUUCAGCAGUCUGUAGUCAACAAUCCAAUACCACUAGUCAUAAACCACUAGUCGUGUUUUUAAAAGGAUGCUAGCUUUGCAAGCUCCUUACAGUACCGUAUGAGUUUGCGCAGAGAGCAGACAUACAUGGAAAUCCUGUCACCUGUAGCGGAUUUAUUAGAGAACAAGUUAGGUUACAUAUCGCUCUCUGAGCAGACCUUUAAGCUUAGUGUUUAACACACUCUGUGUUGCCCAUCUCUAUUAAUCUAGUCUACUCUCUUCUAGACUAGUCUGCUGCCUCUCAUCACAACUGAUUUUAACCAUGAUGUAAAAGCAACAAUACAUGAAACUUAACUCUCACUUCAGUUGUACCUUUUUCAAAUCAGUCGAGGUGUAACAGACUAGCCAACUUGUGGAUCAGAUCUAUACAGUCAAUAACUGACCUGGGUUUGUUCUUUGUGUGUGUUUAGAGCCCUCAAACUCAACUAUGGACCUCCAAGCCAGUUCCACUGCGUUUUUUCAUUGUUCCCCUCUAAUCAGAGACUGAUUUAGAGCUGGGACACCAGGUGUGUGCAAUUAAUUAUCAGGUAGAACAGAAAACCAGCAGGCUCCGGACCUCGUAGGGUAAGAGUUGAAUACCCCUGCUUUAGACAAAUCGCUGCAUUAUUAUACAACUGUAGUUUGGCGAAUACAUUUAUAAAAACUUCCAGUGAAAGCUUGCCGUUUUGUUUAUUUAUAUAUAAAUAAAUAAAAUGCUAUUUAAAAUAGUCAUUUAUUCCAGGGUUUCCCCACCUCGUCUUGGGCCCCCCCCCUGUGUGCACAUUUUGGUUGUUGUCCUAGCACUACACAGCUGAUUCAAAUCAUAAAAGUUUGAUUAUGAGUUGGUUAUUUGAAUCAGCUGUGUAGUGCGAGGGCAAAAACCAAAACGUGCACCCAGGGGAGAGCCCCAGGACCGAGUUUGGGAAACCCUGUUUUGCUGUGAGAGCUCAGCCCUGACCACACAGACUCAAGGAAAGUAGUUCUCCUCAUCCAAACACACACAUACACUUCAAGCCAAAAUGACUGACCCAUCUAUGUUUCCUGUUAUUGCACUGCCACCCUGUGUUCAGAGCACUACAUGGGGGUUUCUCAACCCUCUGCCCCUUUCCCCCAGACGUUUAACAUUUUAGUUUUAACCCUAAACUGGCACAUCCGAUUGAAUUAGUCAAAGGCUUGAUGAUUAGUUGACUAAUUGAAUCAGGUGUGCCAGUUUAGGGUUAAAACAAAAAUGUGAAAUGUCUGGGGGGGAGAACCCUGCACCAUGACACCCAAAUGUUACACAACAUAACCAGAGUCAUGAGGGGUCCAUAUGGGAAUGAGUACAAUGAUUAUCCUCACAGGCCUCAGUUACAACACCAACCCCUGCAUGAUGUCAAGGUUUACAGUAUCUGUCAUUCUAACUCAACUCAAACUUAUAAAAUAAUAAAGCCCAAACCAGCCUCCAAUAUGAAUUCCAGGGAGUCGCAGGGUGUUCUGGGAGAGAUAAGGAGACCCAGCAAGAGGGUUGCCGUGUGGGGCUGAGAGGCAGGAAGGUUGGGGAGUGGGGUUGAGAGACAGGAGGGUUGGGGAGUGGGGCUGAUAGGAAGGAGGGUUGGGGAGUGGGGGUUGGGGGGGGGUUUGAGAGGCAGGAGGGGUGGGGUUGAGAGGCAGGAGGGUUGGGGGUGUGGGGCUGAUAGGAAGGAGGGUUGGGGGGGGGGGGGCUGAGAGGCAGGAGGGUUGGGGGGGUGGGGUUGAGAGGCAGGAGGGAUGGGGGGGGUGGGGUUGAGAGGCAGGAGGGUUGGGGGGGGUGGGGUUGAGAGGCAGGAGGGUUGGGGGGGUGGGGUUGAGAGGCAGGAGGGUUGAGGUGUGGGGCUGAGAGGUCCUGGUCCCCACAGGGGGGAGGAGAGUUUUCAGUGACUAGGAUGAUCGGGGAAGGAGGACUAGCAGAGGAGAGGAGGGGGUGCAGGCCCAGGGCAGGCAUGCAUGGAGAGUAGAUUGAAAGAUAGUGAGCAUUGAUGUUCCAGCAGCAGGACGUUGGUAGAGUGAUGUAAAUCAGAUGUUAACGAGUCGCGUGGGACCUUACAGCUGGUGCUGUGGACCACGGAUCAAAGACAAGAAAAUUUAAGUUUAUGGAUCACAAUUCCUGUGGUAAAAAUGUUAGUCACACCCAAAGAGAAAUUCUAAAACUCAGCCCCUCCCCUAGUCACCACUGAGCGCUCACCCACCCUGUAUUGACUGAUAGUGGGCUUGGGUUGUGAGACGGGGUGGUAGCUACAGCCCUGACUGACAUGGUAAAGAUAUCUGCCUACGCAUCAGGAAAGGCGACUUGGAGACUCUCUACAAGUAUUUCUUCAGUAAUAGCCAGUAUUGUACACUAAUACAGCGAUAACAUCGAUAAACAUUUAGGAGUGAAACCAAAUGACACCAAUCUUUAGACUAGAAUAACAGCUACCAUUCACAGUAAGCCCUAUGCAAAUAAGCCCUUUAGAGCUGGCUGGGGGGGGGGUUCAAGCUUUUUGUCAGGUAGGCAGACUAAGAUCACAAUGUCUUGUGUUGUAACACUGGGACAUGUCUAUUGGACAAAGAAUACAAGGUAUUCAACACUGAACUUUAACUCUGAACCAAUUACGGACAGCUUAUCUCAAGUCUGGGACAAACACUUAAUUUUGGUUCAACCAUCUACAUUUACAUUUACAUUUUAGUCAUUUAGCAGACGCUCUUAUCCAGAGUGACUUACAGUUAUCACAUACAUUAUUUUAUCGAACCCACAACCCUGGCGUUGCAAACGCCAUGCUCUACCAACUGAGCUACAUCCCCUGCCGGCCAUUCCCUCCCCUGCCCUGGACGACGCUGGGCCAAUUGUGCGCCACCCCAUGGGUCUCCCGGUCGCGGCCGGCUACGACAGAGCCUGGAUUCGAACCAGGACAAACACACUUAACCUCCCUGGAGUAUGAGGCAGUGAUCCACUGGGCUCCAAUGAGACAAGAUGACCAAUACAGCACACACACAUAGACAAAAGAGCUCUCUCUUCACUUAAGUGAGGCUCAGAAAACCUAACUUCUCUGUUCUCCUAAGGCUCUCGGCACUGA